UCACGCCGUUAAACAGUUAACGGCGACUCUCUCUCUCUCUUUCUCUCUCGUGUUUGUAGGGGUCGGGUCCGGUCGUAUUUCCCAAAGCACCGUCUUACAGUUUCUCCGUUGGUUCAAAUCACGGGAAAGGGAAAAGAGAAAAAUCUCGCACACUCUCUCUCUCUGGCGAGCGUUCGGAGGCUCGCCGGAGAAUCCAUUGGUUCCGAUCAGGCGCAAUUGAGCUCGAAGAAGACUGAAGCGGGAGGAGGGAGGGGAGAGGCGACGGUUCGGUCGCGGGGAAUUUGAUGGAUUGCCUUCUUCCGUUGGAGAUCAUGUGCUCGAAGGAAACAAAAUGCUGAGGUUAACGUGCAUUGCGGGGAAAAGAGGGGAGAUUUCUGGGAGGCGUUAAGCUUUGGAGGAUCUUGCACGGCAAAGAUGCCGAGGUGAUCCGAUGUUCGCUUCAGCUCUCGCCUUGCCUUAUGCCAUUUUGGUGGAUGCUCAGCGUUUGAAUCCUCUGCCAAGGUUAUUGAGCGAGUGCAAGGGGGGAUAUAAUCUGAGGAUGGCCUCCCUUUAAAGUUCCGGAAGCACUGUAGAUUCUAGCUUUCACAAUGCCGUCUCCAAUGAUGGACUCAAGGGGGGGAUUGUCAAUAUGUUCGUACUUCACUAAAGAUUCGAAUUUUCCCAAUAAGAGUCACACUAACUGUUGCAAGUCUGUUCUAUGCCUGAUCAAUAUAGAACAGACAUGAGGGAGCCAUUUUCUUUAUCACUCUCAGAAGAAGUUAUACCAAGGAAAUCUCAGACAACCAAGUCUCUGGGCCAUUUUGAAUCUUUCAUAGUGCAUGAUCGGAAAAUUAAUUUCAGGCUGGACAAGCAUGUGGUAGGGGCAGGAGCAGUCACUCAAUUUCCAGCUCUGGUAAGACCAAUGGCCAACAGUCCAGGAUCAAAAUCUAAUUUGAAUGCAGAACCAGCAUCAUAUGCGGCACCUGACCGUUAUUGCAUUAAUGCCAUGGGAGCUAACCAUGAGAACAGUCUUUUCUCCAGCUCGUUCUCUGAACUAUUUAGCCGGAGAAUGAUGUUGUCAUCCCACAAUGCACCAUAUGGCCAUUCUAUCGGUACUAUUGCCUCCCACUAUGAGGAAGAGGAACCAUUUGUUUCUUCUGAUGAAGUUGAAGCCCAGACAAUAGGAAAUCUGCUUCCUGAUGACGAUGAGUUGCUUUCUGGAGUAACUGAUGGGCUGGAUUUUGUUCCACAGCCUUCUAGUGAGGAUGUCGAGGAGUUGGAUUUUUUUAGUAAUGUUGGGGGAAUGGAUUUAGAAGACGAGGCUACCUCUGUUGGACAAAAAUAUUUGGAAUAUCCAGGUGGAAUUUCUCAUGUCCAAUCAGGAAGUAAUGGCUUGGUAGCUGGUGAGCACCCUCAUGGUGAAUAUCCUUCUAGAACCUUGUUUGUGAGGAAUAUAAGUAGCAAUGUUGAAGAUUCUGAGCUCCAAUCUAUUUUCAAGUCAUAUGGAGAUAUCCGCACCCUUUAUACAGCAUGCAAGCACCGUGGUUUUGUAAUUAUAUCAUAUUAUGAUAUUAGAGCAGCCCAUAAAGCAAUGCAGGCACUCCAAGGAAAACCACUAAGGCGUAGGAAACUUGACAUACAUUAUUCAGUUCCAAAGGAAAACCCUUCAGAGGAAGAUGUCAAUCAGGGCACAGUUGUGGUAUCGAAUCUUGAUUCUUCUGUUUCACACGAAGAACUUUGCCAUAUUUUUGGCAGCUAUGGAGAAAUUAAUGAGAUCCGUGAAGCCCAGCAUGGAGGCCAUAACAAAUAUAUUGAAUUUUGUGAUAUUAGAGCGGCAGAGGCAGCACUUCGUGCCUUGAACAAGAGAGAGAUUUCUGGAAAGAGGAUUACAGUCGAGACAAGUGGUCCUGGAGAAAUGAAAGGUUUGGUGCAACCCCCUCUGAAGGUGGAGCACAAUGAAUAUGACCUCUUUCUUCAGCAGAAUACUCCUCAAAAUCACUCAACUGCUACAAUUUCUGGACCUAUUCCGGUGAGGGCACUAAUAUCCAAUGGCAUGGGUAAUGGAACUGUUUUUGGUCUGCACCCGGUAAUGCGGGGCCCUCUUCUUGAAAGCACGUUUCACCAUGGUAUUUCUUCUAGUGUUCCAAGCAGCUUGCCCUCUCUGAUGGGGGGUGGAUCAGUUGGCAAACAAUCUAUUCAAUCACAAGGACAAUUGAAUCUCGAUAUGAGGGCAUCCCCAAAUAUUCAUCCUCAUUCACUUCCAGACAGUCAAGAUGGUUAUAGUGCAGCUCAUUUAGUGCCUCCUAAUGCUGUCGGUACAAGCGUCAAUUCCAGACCACCAGAAGCAAUUGAUAGCUGGCAGUUAUGCAGGGUUGGAUCCAACGGACAAUCUUUGGACAGCAAUCAAGGCGUUUUUGGGUCUGCUGGUAAUGGAAGCAGCCCUGUCCCUGGGCAUCAUUACACCUGGGGUAACUCCUAUCGCCCUCAACCUCCAGGCAUGGUGUGGCCAAACUCACCAUCGUUUGCCAAUGGAAUGUGUGCUCCUCAUCCUGUGCCAAGGCUGCAUGGUUUUUCUAGGGGACCAUCUCAGUUGCUAAAUGCGGGCAUACCGCGAAAUAUUCACCAUGUUGGAUCAGCACCAGCUGUCAAUUUAACCAUUUGGGAGAGGCAACAAGCCUAUGCUGGGGAAUCUCCUGAGGCUUCUAGUUUUCAUCCGGGAUCUUUGGGGACUGCGAGAAUUUCUGAUAACUCGCUCACUUCAAUGGAGUUUGUUCCCAAUAAUGUCUUUCCGCCCAGUGGCAACUGCAUGGACCUGCCAAUUCCCCCUAAAAUCAUUGGCUUCCAAUCCCCUCAACAGAGGUGCAUGAUAUUUCCAGGCAGAAAUCAAAUGAUGCCAGUGCUAAAUUCAUUUGAUUUUCCAAAUGAACGGGUUAGAAGCCGUAGAAAUGAAGCUGCUUCUAAUCAAGCUGACAACAAAAGGCAAUUUGAACUUGACAUUGACCGCAUAAUUCGAGGGGAAGACAGCAGGACGACCCUUAUGAUCAAGAAUAUCCCUAACAAGUAUACCUCAAAGAUGCUUUUGGCUGCAAUUGACGAGCGCCACCGAGGAACUUAUGAUUUCCUUUAUCUACCAAUCGACUUCAAGAACAAGUGCAAUGUAGGGUAUGCUUUCAUCAAUAUGACUGAGCCAGGUCAAAUCGUCACCUUUUACAAGGCAUUUAAUGGGAAAAAAUGGGAAAAGUUCAACAGCGAGAAGGUUGCUUCUCUUGCAUAUGCUCGAAUACAAGGCAAAGCUGCUCUCAUUGCACAUUUCCAAAAUUCAAGCUUGAUGAAUGAGGAUAAACGCUGCCGGCCUAUCCUCUUCAACACUGAAGGGCCUAAUGCUGGUGAUCAGGUUCCCUUUCCGGUCGGUUCUAAUGUCCGUACUAGACCUGGAAGAGCUCGGAGCAGCACUCUUGACGAGAACCAUCAGGGAAGUCCACCCACAUUGGCGAAUGGAGUAGACUUUGGUAUCGGGGACUCAUCUAUAAGUUCCGGAAAAGAUUCUGAUUAAGCAAUUAUCUUUUCAAGGUGCUAACCUCAUAACUGAGUAAGUUAAGGUCACUUCCACCCCACAACCUUUUACAUGUGUUGGGGUCAGAUGGAGGAGAAGAAGAAUUGAAAUGUUUAAAAAUAUAUCGGUUCAUCUUAGAAGCCUUGAAAUUUUAUAGAAGCAAGCCAGACAACAUGAGGUGGUUUUGACUUUUCUUCGGCGUAAUUAGUAACUACAAUGCUGGGGGAGAGAGAGGGAGAAAACAGCAGGUUGUGGAGCUUCCUAGUUUUGGUGAUGGUCAAUUUUCUUAUGUACAGGAGUUGCCUGAUCAAUGGCGAAAAUUUUGAGGCGGUUUAAGGAGGCUUCUGUGUCCUAAUUACAUACCUCUCUCCCUCCGUGGAUUUUUUCUUUUUCCUGAGUUUGAAAUCUCACUUUGCCUUGUGGCGCUAGAGAAGAAACAUGUAAUUCCUGAGAGAUAAAAAGGGUCACUGGGUGGGGGCCCUGUGAAAAAUUUUGGUUUGACUGAUCUAAUGAUUGGGUCUGAAUGACUGUAGAGAGA